GGCUAGAGCGUCGCCAAUACUGAAAAGCAAAUGGCGGCCCUGGCAAAAAGGAAAGAAGGGAAAAGGGAAGGGGAGGUUUUCUCUCAGCGUUAGCCUCUCUUUGUGGGCGAAUGUCCCCCAAUAAGAGCUGCCUCAUGAGAGAGCUCGCUCCCUUGCUGCUGAUGCUGUUGUUCUUGCUUUCAGGGCUGUGGUUCUUCCAUCCAUGAUGCCUGUGCAAGUGGUGAAGGGCUCCCUGCGGGUGCUGAAAAAGGCUCUGCCCAGGAACCUGAGGCGGGUGGAGCCCCAGGACUUGCAGCUGGGGCAGGACUACGCGGAGGUCUGUUUCCAGGGAACAGUGGUCAUUAUCUGCCAGUUAACUACACUAGGAAAUGGGACAUCUUUCUUCAAAAUUGUACUCCAAGGCUCAGAAGAUUCAUCAUCCACAGCAGGUACCCUCAUCAAUACAUUAGUGUUUGGCAAAUUGGCAGAAGACUGUUCAAAACAUGUACAUAAAGGGGACACUGUUGUGGUAGCUGGUUUUGGCUUGGCAAAAUCCAUCAAUGAUGAUGGUAGACAUGGUUGCCAUCUAGAAGUAUCUGAUGAAGCUGGGUCAACUAUUUAUAUUUGUACUAGGCCAUCAAGCACACGGAAUGCUUCAGAAACAGUAGCCAUGCCUGUUGUCCCCAAGUAUACAUAUACUCCUCUGAAUAACCUGAAAGAUGGCACUGUUGUCAACUUGUAUGGUGCUGUGAAAUUCUUCAAGCCUCCAUAUGCAUGUAAAGGAACUGAUUAUUGUUCAGUAGUAACCCUUGUGGACCAAUCCAACACCAAAUUGAUAUGCACACUUUUUAAUACAAACAAAGAUGCUCUUCCACAAAUCUACAGAAAUGGUGACAUAGUUCGAUUUCACAGAAUAAAGGUCAGAGAGUUCAGUGGCCAGAUGCAAGGGAUUACCAGUAUUGGAUUUGCAGCACUUACAUUUGAUGGCACCAUAGGGACACCUGUGGUUCCUCGAACAUCUAGCAAAGGGUUCACAUUUACAGAUGAAGACAGAAAAACAGUGGAAGAUAUGCGCAUUUGGGUGGCAAGUAAUUUUCCCAGCGAUGUUCCAUCAGCAAAAUUGUGUGCCAUCCAGCCCCCAAUGUUUUUUGAAUUCAUUUGCCAGCUAGUAGGAAAAGCAAAAGUGGAUGGAUAUUCCUAUCUUCUCAAGGUAUGGGAUGGCACAAAAUGCCCCUUCCCAUCCUGGAAGGUGUUGGUUAAAGAAGAUGAUAUUGAAGGAGAUGGCAUUCUUAUUCAUCGACUAAGAAAUCUGACAGUGGACAUUGUAGUGUACGAUAAUCAUGUGAAAUUGGCAAAAUCACUGAAGGUUGGCAACAUCAUUAAAAUGUACAAUUUGCAUGUAAAAACCCAUAUUCCCGAAGACAAGCCUGAAGUUUCGUAUUUACAGUUUCAUCUUCAUGGGGGCACUGGCUAUGGCCGUGGGAUUAUAGUCUUGCAAGAAAGCGAAACAGAUGUCAAGGAAUUUAAGGCAUUCCUGGAUUCUGUAGACUUGACAGAAAGUGAGCAUUCAGAAAGACCAGCUUUUCCAGAACUUGAGACCACUUAUAGCCAAUUAGGAUACAGUUUGGACAGAUGCCAACAGUUAUCUAUUACAGUUCUAACAGAUCACCAGCACCUGGAUGUGACAGCAUUGAACACGAUUAUAAACAGCAGGAGUCCACAACAAUAUCGUGUCAGAGCUAAGCUGCGAAGAUUUGAACCUGUGAAGCUCCAUCAGUCUGUUAAACUCCAUUGUCCCAUGUGUAAUAGUUUGCAAGAAGUUCCAGAUGGGCCUCAGCUUGAUUUAAUCAUUCAAGAAGCUUCAGCUUCACGUUCAAAUAUAGGAUUACAAAGUACAUCCUUCUGCGAAUCGGUUCUGUGGGAUAUUGAGAACCAGGGACAAUGCUCUGUAGCUGUUCAUUUUGUAGAACAUGCUGAACUACUUCAGAAUCCAGAAGACAGUUUGAUUCUGCUGGAAGGUGGGAAGCUAAAGGAAAUCUUGAAGCUGUCAAAAAGAUUUAAAGGAAUUAUACCUGUGAGAUCCACAGAAGACAGCCUUGUGUUACUGGAUCUUUCAGUUCCAUUUUUUUGGCAAGGAAAUCUUCAGUACUAUGGGUGCAAGCACUGUUCGAAUCCAAAGGCCAUGUCAAACCUGGGUGCGGUUGCUGCACAGGAAGAUCCAUCGUGGGAUUCCACAACAAUAGCACAAGCUUUAGGAGUUGUGCCCCUCCAAUAUGUCUUUGUAAUGAAGUUUACACUGGAUGAUGGAACUGGAUUACUGGAUGCAUAUCUCAUGGACUGUGAAAAAUUCUUCCAAAUGCCAGCUUCAGAAGUCCUAAUCAAUAAUAUUUUUCAAGAGAAUAUGGAAAAGAUCAUGGAGAAACUUUGCCCUGCAGGCAAAAAUCUGGAUGGGUUAUCCUGCACCUGCACAGGGUAUCUUCAGAAACUUCUAGAGUUAAUAUAUAAGCACUUUGGCGGUAGCCAUGCCCACUCUCCAAGCAACUUAUCAGCUCACUUCCUACCUAUGCCUUCAGUCCUUUUUGUCUGCUUCAGCAUCAACAUCUCAAGAACACUUUAGAGUUCAAUUUUCUUGUCAAAUUUUGAUUUCUGUGUUAUGGUCUGUCUUUCGUUCGGUGAUUAUUUUUUCAUUCUUCAUUUACCUUGCUUAUUUUAAAAGGAAUAUUGUGAUUUCUGGUGGAAUACCAGAGUUAAAUCGCCUCUCACCUUGCCUUUUGUGCUUGGCAUAUUCUGAUUAUAAUACAGAGGUGAGGUUAAUAGCUCUACUGUAUGAGGCUUCUGGGGUGGUUGGCCCACUGGUUUCUUGUUUCCUGCCCCAUCUUGAUUCUCUUCAAUCCUGGCCCCACAGACUUAUCAGAAUGAUUGACAACUACUCCUACACUGACUAAGAAGAGUCAAGUAGAAACCAGGUUGGCUGCAGACUGGCCUGAUACUCCUGUCAGAGUAGAUAGACAUAUUAAAGACUCAUAUUUGAUACCAUCCCUUCUCUCCAUACAGAGGAUUCAGAUGAAAUUGAUCUCCCCAUAUCAAGGACCGAUUGCUGGUACCAUCUUGCUUCCUAUGGAGAAAACAGGGCAUGGUUUUUCCCUCCAUACUGAGGGUCAUUACCAUCUUCACACUCCAUACGGAGGAAACACAAAAAGUGGUUGUUCCCUUCAUACUAAGGGCCUACCCUCUUGCUCCACACAGAGUAAUAAACCAAGUUUUUUUCCUCCAUACCAAGGGUUGAUGGUUGGUACCGUCUUCUCACUUCAUAUGAAGGUAACGAGAUAGGAUUCGUCCCUCUAUACUGAGUGCCUAACAUUAGUACCUUCCUCUUGCUCCUUACGGAGGAAAUGUAACAGGUUGGUCCCUCUACACUGAGGGCGGAUUGUCAGUACCAACUUCUCCAUACGGAGAAAACAGAAGAAGUGGUUCAGCCUACUAUAUCGCGGGCUGAUUGCUGCUACCAUCUUCUCACUUCAUACAGAGGAACAGAAGAGGUUGUUGGUCCCUCUAUAUACCAAGGGUAGAUCUUGUCAGGAUGGAUGCAUCCAGAAGGAAAAUGCCCUAGAUGCUGCAAUAUAGGACAUGGGUGAAAAGUAACCUGAGUUCAAUAGGAAGCCUUGAUGAGUAAGUAUAUUGAAGGAUACUGAGUCAUAGGAAGAUGAUGUUAUCAAGCUUCAAUACUGCAUAGUCGUGGCACAUGUGAGACAGGCAACUGUGUAGCACACCAGUUGGGAGUUGAACUAAAAUCCCUGCUAGAGAUUAUGUAUACAAGGGAGGAGUUCCAAUGCUCUGUGUGGUGUGUGGUGUAUAAUAGAUGGUGACGGAGCAUUAUGUCAGUUGGUGUAAGUACUUGUAUAUAUUGCAAUGAAGAUUAAAAGCCACUCAAAGAGAACUCAGCUGUUGUCAUGUCUGCAGCUUCUGUGUGGGAGAAGAGUUUCUCCAACUUGCACGAACUGUGCAGCAGAGCUUUCUGUGGUGUUUCUUCUUGGCACAAAACUUCUGCGUGUGUACUACACAUGAACCAACAGAUCAUUGGUAUAAACUUCUCACUCCAUAUGGAGGAAGCUUAACAGGUUUGUCCCUCCGUACUGAGGGCCAGCUGUUUGAUACUUUCUCCACUCUCCAUACAAAGGAAGCAAUUGUCCCCUCUGUACUGAGGGCUGCUGUUAGCACCAUUCCUCUCACUCCAUACAGAGGAGACACAACAGGUUUCUCUCUGCACUGAGAGAUGAUUGUCAAUGUCAUAUUUUCUCUAUAUAUUAAGGAAAUAGAAGAAGUGAUUUGUCCCUCCACACUGAAGUCCUGCUGUUUAUAUCACCCUCUCAUGCUAUACAGAGGAGACACAACAGGUUGGUCUCUCCAUGGUGAGGGCCAAUAAUUCAAUACCUUAUUUUCUUUACAUACAAAGAAGAAAUGCUUCAUUCCUCUAUACUGUGGGCAUUUAAAUGGUACCAUCUUCUUACUCCAUAUGGAGGCAACACAACAGGUUGGUUCUGUUGUACCAAGGGCCAUUUAAUGCUACCAUCUUUCAUUCUCUACAGAGGACACCCCCCCCCCAAAAAAAAACCCAGCCUCUGCAUACUGAGGGCUGAUUGCACUAUUUUUCCUACUGGACAACAUGUGCAGCACUCUUUUAACAGCUACUCUUCACUGUACAUGAAUUACAGAAUUGUCUAUAGGAAGAUAUGCAGCUGGCACUGUUUCUUACAGCUUUCACCAUACUGCUCGCACCCUUUGCCAGGCUUUGGAGGUGGCCUUUUCAGGCCUUCUCCCUGUCAUACUUCAAUCCUUGGGUUGACUUUCACCAUAAAGGACUUCCAAUAUCACUUGUUGUGUUGUUGGGAUAACAUUUUCACUUCCCUAACCUGCAGUGACAGUCAUUAACACCAUGCUACUACAAUGUGGUUAUUGACUGAUUUGAUGCAACAGGACCAGGUACAUUUUGGAAUGGCCAGAUUAUUGCAAUUAUCUCUCUGCUGAUAAUUCCAGAAGUCAUUAUUGAGACCCCUUCCAAAUUCAAGCCUAUUUGUGCUCAGGCCAAGCUAGCUAGACCUCUAACAAAUCAAAUCCACUGUGUGGAAGCUCCCUCUCUCUGAUUUCUUUUUCCAGUGUCUGUUUGUCACUGAUCUCAGAGGCUGCUCACUAAGUGCUGUUAUGCCAAUAAGUGGAUUGGGGUCUCAGAAUGCUUUUGGCUUUAGAUGAUUUCUCCAACAGUACCACAGUCACUCAUGUAUUGGUCCUACUGGUAACCUUAUCCAGUUAUUUCUGUCUUAAGCAUCUCUUUGCAGCCAUAUCAUGGCAUUUCCAGUGACUUCUUUUUUAUCAAAUCCAUGAAUUAGGCAGUUUUUGAAUUGUUGCAGGGUUUUAUCCCGUCUUGGAUUUGUUGUAUUUGUUUUAACGGUCUAAGAAACGCUUGAAGGCAAUAACUUCUACAUUUAUAUUUCAUUUAGUGGUCCAAGAAAUACUGGAAAGCAAUAGUUUCUUCUGCCUUCAUAUCAUGCACCCGGUAGACAGCCUUUCAGUUGGUGAUUAUCAUUGCCAGCGGAGCUGCAAAGUUAUACAUUUUGCAAGGAGAUCAACUUCACAUUCUCUAGGCCAGAUAUUUCCUUAUUUUUGAUUAUCCUGUCUCAUCCCUCUCAAACAGGACUAUUUCUCUUCCAGUAUUCUUCUAUAGCUGCCUGGAUGUUUGUAGAGUGCUAAUCUCCAUAGUUAUUGCUGCCACUCGCCUACGAAGUAGGAAUGGCCUCUGUCUACACAACAUUUCUAUAAGCGGAUUGCAACACACUAUCCAUAGGGCAUAUGAGCUAGUAGGCAAGCUACCUCCUGCCCAAGUGAAAAGUGAGAUAUGGGGCCGGGUGUUAUCAAUAUGCUGAUGACACCCAAAUAUAUUUCUCCAUGUCCCGGUCA